AUGUCUUGGUUUAGAAGUCUCUGUAUAAACGCAAGUCGAUUUCACAAACCAUACACCAUGCCUCCAGUUGAUGGAACAUCUCAAUGGCUACGAAAAACGAUAGAUUCAGCGGCCGUAAUAUUGUUUAGCAAGACGACUUGUCCUUAUUGCAAGAAUGUGAAGGAUGUUUUGGCUGAAGCAAAGAUUAAGCAUGCUACAAUUGAACUGGAUCAAUUAUCCAAUGGUUCGGCCAUUCAGAAGUCCUUAGCCAGCUUCUCGAAAAUUGAAACAGUUCCUCAAAUGUUUGUUAGGGGCAAAUUCAUCGGGGAUUCUCAGAUGGUAUUAAAAUACCACCGUAAUAAUGAAUUGACGAGUAUUGUCAAUGAAAGCAAGUAUGACUAUGAUUUGAUAGUUAUCGGUGGAGGAUCUGGUGGACUUGCUGCUGGAAAGGAGGCUGCUAAAUACGGUGCGAAAACAGCCGUUUUGGACUUUGUAGAACCUACUCCACUAGGUACCACUUGGGGAUUAGGUGGGACGUGCGUAAACGUCGGAUGUAUCCCGAAAAAAUUGAUGCACCAAGCUGGACUCUUAAGUCAUGCUUUGGAAGACGCAGAACAUUUCGGAUGGAGCUUGGAUCGAUCGAAAAUUUCGCAUAAUUGGUCAACUAUGGUUGAGGGGGUUCAAAGUCACAUCGGUUCUCUAAACUGGGGUUAUAAAGUUGCACUAAGAGAUAAUCAAGUCACGUAUCUGAAUGCUAAAGGGAUGCUUAUAAGCCCUCAUGAGGUGCAGAUUACAGAUAAGAACCAAAAAGUAUCUAUAAUAACUGGAGACAAAAUUAUCUUAGCUACUGGUGAACGCCCAAAAUACCCAGAAAUACCUGGAGCGGUUGAAUAUGGGAUUACAAGCGAUGAUUUAUUUUCUUUGCCAUACUUCCCGGGCAAAACACUAGUCAUUGGAGCAAGUUACGUUGCACUGGAAUGUGCUGGUUUCCUUGCUAGUUUAGGCGGUGAUGUUACCGUUAUGGUUCGUUCCAUUUUACUUCGUGGUUUUGAUCAACAAAUGGCUGAAAAGGUUGGUGACUACAUGGAGAAUCAUGGAGUCAAGUUUGCAAAGUUAUGUAUACCAGAUGAGAUCAAACAAUUGAAAGCAGUAGAUACUGAAAAUAAUAAGCCUGGACUUUUGCUUGUUAAGGGUCAUUAUACCGACGGUAAAAAGUUUGAAGAAGAAUUUGAAACGGUCAUUUUUGCUGUUGGUCGUGAACCACAAUUAUCGAAGGUUCUUUGUACAACCGUGGGUGUUAAACUAGACAAGGAUGGUCGAGUUGUAUGCACAGAUGAUGAACAAACUACAGUCAGUAAUGUUUAUGCCAUCGGAGAUAUCAAUGCUGGAAAACCACAAUUAACUCCCGUGGCUAUUCAAGCUGGGCGCUACUUGGCUAAACGUUUGUUUGCUGGUGCAACUGAACUAACUGACUAUUCCAAUGUUGCUACAACUGUUUUCACUCCACUUGAAUAUGGGGCCUGUGGAUUGAGUGAAGAAGAUGCAAUUGAAAAAUAUGGUGAUAAGGAUAUUGAGGUGUAUCAUUCAAAUUUUAAACCUUUAGAAUGGACUGUCGCUCAUCGUGAAGAUAACGUUUGUUACAUGAAACUUGUUUGUCGUAAAUCUGAUCACAUGCGUGUACUGGGUCUGCAUGUUUUGGGUCCAAAUGCUGGGGAGAUAACGCAGGGAUAUGCAGUUGCAAUUAAAAUGGGUGCAACUAAAGCAGAUUUCGAUCGUACAAUUGGAAUUCACCCAACUUGUUCUGAGACAUUUACAACGUUACAUGUAACUAAAAAGUCUGGCGUGUCACCCACAGUGAGCGGUUGCUGA